AUGGCGUGGGCGACGGCGUGCGAGGCUGACGGCGCACCGGCGACGAGCUUGUGCGCCGCUGCCUUCUCACCCGUAAGCCCGGCCGCCGCCAAUAGGGACGUCAAGAAGUUGGUGCUCCACAAGAUCCCCACCGUGCCAUACGCCGUCCGCCGAGGCAGCGGCGACGAGGAGUCCAGGGAAGCGGCGGCGGAGUGCGCCAUCUGCAUGGUUGAGUUCGAGGAGGGCGAGGCUGUGCGCGUGCUACCCCCCUGCGGCCACGGUUUCCACGCCGCCUGCAUCGACAAGUGGCUGCACGGGCACUCCACCUGUCCCUCCUGCCGCCGAAUUCUAUCGCUCCGGCUGCCGCCCGACGAGCGGUGCAGCCGCUGCGGUGCGCGGCCCCACGCCGGGGACGCCGGCUGGAAGCCCACCUCCUACAGCGGCGUGCCGCCGUUCCUGCCGUAGGCAGCUACGCCCAAAAGGCAAACGAUCUGGUUGAAAUCUUCUCGUUCACGGCUAGCAGUAGAUUUUUUUUUUUGAUAGUGGCUAGCAGUAGAUUUUACUAGUGCCUGGUUGCUAAUGCGUAGUAAUCCGGAACUGGAAACGGGGAAGCUGUUUAGGGCCUGAUUGGUAGGGUGCACUAGAGCUUAUCCGGCUCCCAUAGUGCAGGCUUCGUUGUUUUGUUGGUUGGAUUGGGCCUUAAGCCAGGCUCCAGCAAUGCAAAAUGGGCAGUACGGCCUGCAUAGCUGAAAACGCGAGUCCUCCCCGUUUCCAGCAAUGCAGGCUCCAC